AUGUCUUCGGAAUGUUCUCUACUUUGUUCUCUUCAAUUAUGGACAUUAAAAUAUGCUGGUCUUCAUGAGCGCGACAUAAGUAUUCAUAGUUAUCAACAAAAACCACCUCCAACUAAACAAUCAAUUCUACCAUUUGUUCAUAAUACUUCACGUUCAUCAUCAACCAAUGAUAAAACACCUAAAAAAGCAACAUAUUAUGAUGAAUAUAAUGAUUAUUUUACAUCACGUUCAUUACCAUUUCAUAUAUCAAAUAAAAUUUUUCAUAAUUUACGUGAUAAAUUAAAUGAAUUAGAUAAUUUAUUAUCAACACUUAAACUUAUACGAACAAUAUGGUUAUGUAUUGAUACUAUUUUUCUUGCUUUUUCAAAUGGAACAUUUGUCUUUAUUUUUAUUGAUAAAAUAAGUCGAACAUUAAAAAAUAUUUCUGUUGAUAAAACAACAUUGGAAAAAAAAUUUCAUAUAACAACAACAAUAUCUGAUAUAUAUCUUAAUCCUUAUGGAGUCUAUGUUAUAUAUGAUACAUUAUCAAAAAUAGAUAUAUUUAAUUUUAAUAAACCAAUACGUUCAUUUGAUUUGAAAUUUAAUUUAUCUAAUGAAUCAGUUCGAAUAACAACUGAAGAAUUACCACCUUAUUCAAAUACAAUACCUGUACGACGAUGGUUUAAUAUUAAUCAUGAUCAUCGUACAAUAACUGUUUGGUGGUCAAUGUUAAGUGAAGGUAUAUCAACAAGUGGACAUUUAAUUGAUGGUGAUCAAAGAAAAUCAAGAUUUAAUUGUUUAUCAAUUGUUUUUCCAUUGGGAAAUGAAGAAGAAAAAGAAACAAUGCAUUCAAUACAAACAGAAACAUCAAAUCCUUAUUAUUGUUCAUCAACACCAUCUGGAUUAACUACAAUUGAAAUGAAUGAACAGGUCGAUAAGAAUACUUUAGAACGUUCGUAUGAAUUAAAUGUAUAUUAUCAUGAAAAUUUUCGUUCAGUACCUCUUCGUCUUAUUCAUAUUCCAUCAUUAACAUCUUCCAUAUUAUAUGUUAUUCGUUCAUCUAGUCAUACAAUACUUUGUUUAACUGAUGCUACUUUAAUUUCUAUUGAUGAAAUAAAUCAUAUUGAACGUUCAAAAUUAUGUGUAUUAACAAGAAAUUUAACUGGAUUAUGGUGGAUUAUUGAUAAUUUAUUAUUUUCUGUAGCCGAUGAACAAGGUUCAUUAGUUUUUUAUGAUAUUGCUCUUAAUCCAAUUUGGCCUAUUUUAUCUUCAAAUAAAAAAUUAAAUUUUCAUUAUUUCUUAAAUCAAGAUAAAUAUAUUGUAUCAAUAAAUCAAUUACUAAAUCCAAAUGUGUCUUCAUCAAAUUUAACAUUACUUUUACAAUUUUCUCAUGGUGGUCCUAUUGGUUUAAUAGAUAUUCAUUAUCCAUUUAAUAAUAUACAUUCAUUAUUUAAAUAUUAUUUAAAUUUUCAAAAUUAUUCAUAUAUUAUUGAUUUAUUAUGGUGUCUUGAUUGGACAAGACAAGAUAAUGAUUGUCGUUUAGCAAUAUCAUAUAUAACUCAAGAAUUAUUUCGUAAUAUAAAUAAUAAUGAAUAUUUUUAUAUAGAACAAAUUUUACGUACAUUUUAUUCACCACUUCGUCCAAUAUCUGAUGCUAGUAUAUUACGUAAUCGUUCAUUUAUAAAUCAAAUAGCAACAAAAUAUUUUUAUUAUUUAUUAAAAGGAAAAUUUUAUUCUCAAGCUCUUCAAUUAGCUAAACAUUUAGAAAAUCGAACAAUUUAUCUUGAUCUUUAUUAUGCAUGUGAUUAUGAUAAUGAAAAAACAAUUAUGAAUGUAUGUGCACAAAAAUUACAUUUAAAUACUGAUAGUGAUAAAGAUAAUGAUGAUGAAAGUGGUUUAUCAGUAACAUCAAGUGAAGAUGAAAAUGAAAGUGAUAAAACUGUUAAAGAAAAAUUUCCAGUUAUGAAUGAAAAACAAUAUGGAGAUAUUAAUGAAAUUUUAACUUCAGCUAUUGAACAUUAUAAACUUGACGAAAAUAUGUAUAAAUUUUUAUUAGAUAGAAUUCAUGCUAUGUAA